AUGACUGGGACAAUGGUUGACUCAUACAGCUUGGAAUUGACUGAUCUAAGACGCACAUGUAUUAACAAUCAACAAUCAUAUAGUGACAUGUACUACCAAUUUUUCGAGUCAUCAUAUAGACACAACCAUGCCAUGGCAUGCAGGACACAUCACUCAGUAUGGCAUGUACUUAACAAAAUAAGUCCAUUCACCAUUAGAGACAACAAUUCUUGUCAAACGGAUAUUAUAUUCCAUCUGAAGUAUGCCUUCGAACAACAUACUGAUCCUUGUACAUGCACAGAGAAAAUCCACCCCUCAACAAGUACUCACCAAAAUCAUGGCGAUGCAUGUACCCACUACGACAGUUUCAAUAAGCUACAGAAACUUGCAGAGGAAGACGGAUGUUUGAGUGCAAAUUCAGCCUGGCAUUAUCUGGAUGACCUUCAGGCCAAGGAUUCAGCAUGUCGAAAAAAAAUUCAGAAAUAUUUGGCUGAUAAAUAUGCACACAGAACCUCGCAAGAUCAAGACAACUGUAUUUGCCAUGCACGAAGGCAACUCGUCAACCACAAGAUUCACAGAAUGGACAAUGGUAGCUUAUAUAACUGCAGGGAUAACACCGCCGGAUCAACAUACCGAACCAUCGAAGCUGACCUAUUUUCAAACAUUCGCACCCAUGGAUGUAAAAAUCACAACUAUUUAUGGGGCAGAUUGGAAGGUGUGCGGCACCAUUGCUCAAGGUACUAUUACAACCGUUGUACCAAACUGGUAGACUGUCAACAAGAUAUUAUAGUCAGGGCAGCAAUUCAGUAUCCCACAGAUCACUUGGACAGUUGUGUUUGUUCUCAAAUUACAACCUCGACAACUAAAUCCGUUACAACACAUACGACACACACAGCUUCCACGUCAGCGGAGACCACGCCUUCAUCAACACCCACGACUCCUCCGCCAGCUUCUGCUAGGUCGGUAAAAGUGACUCAGUCAUCAACCACUAGCAUGUCAACACAAAGACCAACCCCAGUACUACGAUUUGCAUGCAACAAACUGAAAGUUGUUGAGGAUAUUGCAAAGUCCAUUAAAGCGAUAGAUUCAAGUUCCAGUUACUGCGACCAGAACCUUGGAGGUUCUGAUGACGCGUUUCUUCUCUCUACGUGCAAUAUGACGUCACCGAUGUUGUGGAAAAGGGGUGCAAAUGUGAUGGCGGACUGUGAGUCGAGUUCACAGUUAAUACCCACAUAUACACCAAUAACAACAUUUAACAGCGACAAUUACGCUCCUCUUGGCGCUCUGUCUGGCAUAUUCCUGGGAUGCUACAAUAAUGGCUUUAAGAUUGCUAUCCAAAGAUGUAAUGGAGUUCCAACAAUCGAACAUAUUGAGAAUGGGUCUUCUGCCCAUAAUCCAAGGAAUUAUUAUGUGAUUGUUUGAAACUGAUUUAUAUAAUCUAAAGAAUUACUUCUUUAUUGUUUGAAAUUUGUUUAUUUAUUUUUCAUGAAUAUCAUAUUGUGAGGCAUAAGGCUUUACAACCUUGCUUCAUGCAAUUGUUUUUAUUGCUUUCACGGCAAAAUCAGUAGUUUAUUUUUUAAUUUUGAUUUCAAAAGUGUUAGGCUACAAUUAAAUCACAGUGCAUUGUUCUGUAACAUUUCUAGGUAUUAGCAGAUAACCAGUCGUAUUAUUAUAUUGUUGUAUACUGAAUAACAUUCCAAAAUAUCAACUCACGCAGUUGUUUCAGUUAGUGAAACUUUAAUUGUAGCUUUCCCAGGAAUUCUUUAUUAAAGUACGCAAUGUCAGCCUGUAUUAUUUAACAGUGCAAUCAACAAUUACCAACAGUAUUAAAUUAAAUCGAUGUUUUCAUGUAAUGUCCAUUGAUGACUUUGUAAAGCUUGAUAAAAGUUUAUGUCAGUUGAAAUUUUGAGAGUUGUCAUUGACAACCAUCUUUUUUGUACGUAUGCACCGCGUUACUAAAUCUUUGUUUAGAUGGACCGAUAUCGCCUCAUAUUCUGAAGAAAUAAUAAGCUUUUUAUUGUCAAGUAUUUGAUAUUUGAUACUUGGCAUUUAGUGAUGAUUCGCAGCAUUCUAUGUUGUUUCAUUUUUAAAUUUUGAGUUUUAGCUCUGCCCUUUUUACAUAUAAGGACAUGUUCGUAUUCCGAAUGACGUCCUGGUCGGCCGGAGUAAGUUCGUAGCCUCAAUGCAGUUACGGAUCUUUCCGGGUAUUUCCGAUCUCGGCCUUAUUUAGAUUUGGUUUUACAUCCUCAUUUGCAUACCAUGCCUACCAAAUAUGUUAUUUCUUAGAACGUAAGAAUUCUCACUUUGCCUCCAUCUCUCAUACAGUUAUUUACAUUUUGUAGUUGUUUUGUAUAUAUUGCUUUUACAGCCUGUCAAGAAUGACCAAUCUUAUUGGUUGUCUUAUCGGUAGAAAAAAAGAGAGAAAUAAACUGGUGUGUUCUCUUAGCACAUUUUACCACCAAAUUCCUUCAGCCCACAGAAUAGUUUAUGUACUUCACGAGUGAGACAGUAAAAUCAAGAGAAAACCUUGAUUAGAAUCAUUUAGAAUAGUUACGAUUACUUCGAUUAAUUCACCAGUUGCUGUGGUAAGGAAUAUUUUGAAAUAUCGUUAAUAUUGUAGCUUACAUUUCUUUGCAUAGCAGGAGAAUUAUCAUUUGUGCAGUUUUUGUAUUAUAUUGUCUUUAUUUUAUAACGGCUGCUAUUUUCAUCCUAAUUAUGUUUUAGACAUUUUUUAUUAUAGAAAAUAAAACAGACCGUACCUA